AAACAAAUUGGUUUCUCGAUGCUGGUGGAAAAGAAUUCGAAAUCAUUUGUCAUUUUGUUAUAUCGGUUUGCCGCUCUCAAACUCCUCCACCCAUCACACCCUCUUUUUAUUUUUCCAGAAAAAAAGAAGUUAUUAUCAUCUAAUUAGGGUUUUGCGUCGAUCCCAAUCCUAUCAUAAGACCCAAUUCGGCCUCUGGUAUUCUAGGAAUUGAGAAAUGAGUUGCCAGGCGGUGGUAAUCGAUGGUCGAGAUCUAGUGAAGAAUAGCAAGAAGCGGAAGAGGGGCGGUAGCAAGAGCCCAGAGGAUCUAGGGGUUGAGGAGAAGGAGGCCAAGAUCGACUUGUUCCGCAAAGAGCUCGAUGGGCUGUUUGGGUACUACAAGCAAGUCAUGGGCGAGAGUGGGUGCUUAGACUUGAAGCAAUGUGGUACGGAUCUGAAAUCGGUGGUCGCGGCUUUGAUGGAAGAGAGUGGGCUGCCGCUGUCAAAGCUUGUUGACGAGGUCUUCCACAAGGUCAAGAACGGGAAUGAUGACGUCACUCUUGCCACUGUGAAGAAGAUGGUGCUCUUGGUCGGCCAGAGAGAAAUGUACGGCGUGCCUAAUGCCCACGCGGAUGUCUUGGAGGACGAUUCGGAAUCAUGUCUUUGGUGUUGGGAGACAAGGUAUUUAAAGUUGAUGCCGGCUUCCGUGCGUGGAGUAUUGAAUAUUAGGCGUACCUGUAGAAGAAAGAUUAAUGAAAGGAUCACCGCCGUUUCUGCAAUGAUAAUGGCAUUACAAAAGCCGGAUAGUGAUCAAAGCUACAUUCAUGACCUGAUGAAGGCAUCAGAAAUGAUCGAUAACGCUUCCUGUGAGACAAAGAUUCGCUCAUUAAUCGACCGCCUAUUGCUGAAAAAUAGUGCAGAUAUGGUAAAAAAGGAAGCAAAAAGGGAAGAGAAACUGCAAAUCAAACAAAUGGAGCGAGAUAAACGAGAGACUGAGAAAGAGAAACAAAGAUUAGAACGUGAGCGUCAAAAAGAAGAGGUUCUAAAUGAGAAGGAGCAAAAGCGGCUGCUAGAGGAGUCCCAAAAAAAUGACAAGCGUCAGAAAAAAGAAGAGUCUGAAAUAAGGAAACUACGGAGGAAGCAGCAAGAAGAUGCUGAAAAAGAACAACGGCGCCGGGAGAAAGAAGAAGCUAAACUAAAAGAUCAACUUUCCAUAAAAAAACAAGCUUCAAUCAUGGAUCGUUUUCUAAAAAGAACCAAACCCAGCCCUGCAUGCCAGAAUGACCAAUUGCCAACUAUAGGAACCACAUCUAUAUCAGCAAGUAAGAACGAGGAGAAUUUGCCGGACGCAGUCACUCAAUCAAUGGACCACACUUUUUCAUCCAUUGACAAAUUUAAUGCUGAAGAUAUCCGCAGGUCACACUUGUCUUCUUGGCGCCAUUGCGGUCAUUCUAUUCGUUUAAACAGAAAUCAAAGUUGGGGAAUACGUCGGAAGCCUAAGAGUGAGCUGUUUAAAGAACUUAAGCUUACAAUCAGUAAAGGACUAGUCCAUGGUGAUGAUAUGGAGAAACUGGUUGAUAGAUGGGGAGAACCUGUUAAUGAAGACAUAUCAUGUCAAAUUCUGGCUGAGGUCAAGAAGUUCAAAUCAAGAAAGCAGUUGUUACAAUUUUAUAAGAGCCAUAGACCUGCUUUUUAUGGCAUAUGGUCGAAGAAAAGUCAUGUUGUUGGACCAUGUCAUCCUCUUAGGAAGGACCCGGACUUGGAUUAUGAUAUUGAUAGUGAUGCGGACUGGGAAGAGGAGGAUCCUGGUGAGAGCCUCUCUGAUUGUGACAAAGAAGAGGAAGGAGAAAGUUUAGAAGAGGGAUGUUCAAAAGCUGAUGAUGAAGACGAAAGUGAAGAUGGUUUUUUUGUACCAGAUGGGUAUCUCUCGGAAAAUGAGGGAGUAGAAGUGGACAGAAUGGAAACUGAUAUCACAAUUGUAGAAACCAAUUUGCCCAGUUCUAAGCAAGAUUCAGAGAGCGUGAAAUUUUCUUCUUUGCUUAGGCAGCAAAAGUAUUUAGGAAGUUUGACAGAACGUGCUCUUCAGAAAAAUCAACCUUUAAUCAUAUCAAACUUGAUGCAUGAGAAGGCAUCUUUGUUAAUAGCUCAAGAUCUAAGUGGUACUUCUAAGUUGGAACAGAUGUGCUUGCAAGCUUUGAGUAUGCAUGUUUUUCCUGGUGACUCAUUGGUGGAGAUAUCAGUGGAUGGCACACAAGACGAAGAUAAACACAUGUCAAAUGGCAAAUGCGGUAUCAAAUCAGGCUUUGCUGUGACUGUUAUUCUGGAAUCAGAUCUUCCUGCAUUAGUGUCUGUUAUUCAGUCGUGCUGCUCCCAAAGUAUCAAUAAAUUGUUACAAGCUUUGCAGCAGAAGUUCCCAGCUGCAUCAAAGACUCAGUUGAGGAAUAAAGUGCGAGAGAUAUCAGAUUUUGUGGAUAACCAUUGGCGGGUUAAGAGAGGAAUUCUGGAUAAAGUUGGCCUGUCAUCGUCUCCGGAAAAGGGUGUUGGGCUGCCUAAAAGUAUUACCGCCUUUUUUUCAAAAAGGUGUUUGCCACCCAAUGGUAAAAUUAGCAACCCUAAUACCUCACCCCGGCAAGUUGGGAAGUCAGGUUCUGUUGUGGAAGGGCAGCAAAGUUGCACAUACGAUGAUUGAUAGCAAAUCUAGUUUCUGUUGUUGAGGCUUUAGCUGUUACUUCCUAGGUUUGUUGUGCUAUAGGUCCAUUUUUAGCCCAUGUUCAUGGCUUGUGUUUAAAGAUAUUUUGUUAUCUAUGAAUCUCAUAUGGGCUUAUUGUAAAUAGUGAAGUAAAAUGCAAUGGCUCAUUGUUGCACUGCACAGAAAGUUUUUGUAUGAAUAGCUAAUAAUUUCGGUACGGUUAUGGAUUUGGUGGUAAAGCUUUGACAGUG